CUGGGAUCUCUUACAGUUUGGGAACAGAGAUCAUGUCACAUUUGGUGGACCCUACAUCAGGAGACUUGCCAGUUAGAGACAUAGAUGCAAUACCUCUGGUGCUACCCACCUCAAAAGGUAAGAAUAUGAAAACUCAACCACCCUUCAGCAGGAUGAACCGGGAGGAACUGGAGGACAGUUUAUUUCGACUUCGCGAAGAUCACAUGUUGGUGAAGGAGCUUUCUUGGAAGCAACAGGAUGAGAUCAAAAGGCUGAGGACGACCUUGUUCCGGUUGACCACUGCUGGCCGGGACCUGCCGGUAGCGGAGGAGGCUGCGCCGCCUUCGGAGACCGCAAGGCGCCGGCAGAACAUGGGGUGGCGGCAGCGACUCUACGUACACCAGCGCCCCCAGAUGCGCCGACUGCAAGGGCAGUUCCAGCGCGUCAGCCCCGCCGCCCCUCCCCGUGCCCAGCCUCGCUUCCCCGUGGGACACAGACAGCUCCACACCUCUGGUGCAUCGGUGCCGGAGAAACUGAAGAGGGGGCCAAGGGACAGGCUAAGCUACACAGCCCCUCCGUCGUUUAAGGAGCAUGCGACAAGUGAAAACACCAGAGGUGAAAUAGCCAGUGAACCCAGCGAACUCAAUGUCAUAAGUAUGACUAAUCCCAUUGUUGUAUGCAUGCCUAACAGUGCCCCCAUCAUGACCAGCAAUACCAUGCAAGUGGAAGAGCCACCCAAGUCCCCUAAGAAAAUGUGGUCUAAAGAUGAAAAUUUUGAAAACAGAAGCUCUUUGGAGUGUGCUCAGAAGGCUGCAGAGCUUCGAGCUUCCAUUAAAGAGAAGGUAGAGCUGAUUCAACUGAAGAAGCUCUUACAUGAAAGAAAUGCCUCAUUGGUUACGACAAAAGCACAAUUAACAGAAGUUCAAGAGGCAUAUGAAACCUUGCUCCAGAAGAAUCAGGGAAUCCUGAGUGCAGCCCAUGAGGCCCUCCUCAACCAAGUGAAUGAGCUCAGGGCAGAGCUGAAGGAAGAGAGCAAGAAGGCUGUGAGCUUGAAGAGCCAACUAGAAGAUGUGUCUAUCUUGCAGAUGACUCUGAAGGAGUUUCAGGGGAGAGUUGAAGAUUUGGAAAAAGAACGAAAAUUGCUGAAUGACAAUUAUGACAAACUCUUAGAAAACAUGCUGGACAGCAGUAGUCAGCCUGACUGGAGCAAUGAGCUCAUAGGAGAACGGCUACAGCAGCAAGUCUCUGAGCUGCAGAAUCAGCUGGAUGCUGAGCUGGAGGAGAAGAGAAAAGUUUCUCUGGAGCUGUCCAGGGAGAAAGCUCAAAAUGAGGAUCUGAAGCUUGAAGUCAUCAACAUACUUCAGAAGCAUAAACAGGAAUUAGAGCUUCUCCAAAAGCCAGCCGAAGUUUCCCAGCCUCCUGACAGACAAUGUGAACCAGCCACUCCCCCAGCUCUAUUCCAAGAGAAUACUCAGAGUGAGCCAAGUGAACCCCAAAACCAAGAAGAAAAGAAACUGUCCCAGGUGCUAAAUGAGUUGCAAGUAUCACACGCAGAGACCACACUGGAACUAGAAAAGACCAGAGACAUGCUUAUUCUGCAGCGCAAAAUCAACGUGUGUUAUCAGGAGGAACUGGAGGCAAUGACAACAAAAGCUGACAGUGAUAAUAGAGAUUACAAAGAAAAGCUGGAGAGGUUGACUCGACUGCUAGACCUCAAGAAUAACCGUAUCAAGCAGCUGGAAGAACAGCUCAAAGAUGUUGCUUAUGGCACCCGACAGUUGUCAUUAUGUUUGGAAACACUGCCAGCCCAUGGAGAUGAGGAUAAAGUGGACAUUUCUCUGCUGCAUCAGGGUGAGAAUCUUUUCGAACUGCACAUCCACCAGGCCUUCCUGACAUCUGCUGCCCUGGCUCAGGCUGGAGACACCCAACCUACCACUUUCUGCACCUAUUCCUUCUAUGACUUUGAAACCCAUUGUACCCCAUUGUCUGUGGGGCCACAGCCCCUCUAUGACUUCACCUCCCAGUAUGUGGUGGAGACAGACUCCCUUUUCUUACACUACCUUCAAGGGGCUUCAGCCCGGCUUGAUCUCCACCAGGCUGUGGCCAGUGAGCACAACACUCUUGCUGCAGGAUGGAUUUGCUUUGACAGGGUGCUGGAGACCGUGGAGAAAGUCCAUGGCUUGGCCAUACUGAUUGGAGCUGGUGGAGAAGAGUUUGGGGUUCUAGAGUACUGGAUGAGGCUGCGUUUCCCGAUAAAACCCAGCCUACAGGCAUGCAAUAAACGAAAGAAAGCCCAGGUCUACCUGUCAACCAAUGUGGUUGGAGGCUGGAAGGCCCAGGAGAAUGAGUUCAGAACAGAGUCUCGGGAACCUCAGAAUGAGCUACGGAUUGAAAUCACCAAGUGCUGCGGCCUCCGGAGUCGAUGGCUGGGAACUCAACCCAGUCCAUAUGCUGUGUAUCGUUUCUUCACCUUUUCUGACCAUGACACUGCCAUCAUUCCAGCCAGUAACAACCCCUACUUUAGAGAUCAGGCUCGAUUCCCAGUGCUUGUGACCUCUGACCUGGACCAAUAUCUAAGGCGGGAGGCCCUGUCUAUACACGUUUUUGAUGAUGAAGACUCAGAGCCUGGCUUGUAUCUUGGCCGAGCCCAAGUGUCUUUACUGCCUCUUGCAAAAAACAAAUCUAUUAAAGGGGAUUUUAACCUCACUGACCCUGCAGAGAAACCCAAUGGAUCUAUUCAAGUGCAACUUGAUUGGAAGUUUCCCUAUAUACCCCCUGAGAGUUUCCUGAAACCAGAAGCUGAGACUAAGGGGAACAAUACCAAGGACAGUUCAAAGAUCUCAUCUGAAGAGGAAAAGGCUUCGGUUCCUUCCCAGGACCAGAUUGCAUCUCCUGAGGUUCCCAUUGAAGCUGGCCGGUAUCAAGCAAAGAGAAAAGCUCCUCAUGGAGGAGAAAGAAAGGAAAAGGAGCACCAAGUUUUGAGCUACUCAAGAAGAAAACAUGGCAAAAGAAUAGGUGUUCAAGGAAAGAACAGACUCGAGUAUCUUAGCCUUAACAUCUUAAAUGGAAAUACACCUCAACAGGUGAACUACACUGAAUGGAAAUUCUCAGAGGCUAAGAGCACCAUAGAUGACGGCUUUAAAAAUCAGCACGAGGAAAAGGAAUUGUCAUUAUCCCAUUCAGCACUGAAACGGAAGGAACCCCUGCAUCCUGUAAAUGAAUUGCAGGAAAAUGAAGGCUAUUGGAGUGAGGAGAAACAACUCAAAGGUUCAGAGAAGAUGUGCAUUGAAAUUGUCUCCCUGACCUUCUACCCAGAGGCAGAAGUGAUGUCUGAUGAGAAUGUAAAGCAGGUGUACGUGGAGUACAAAUUCUACGACCUACCCUUGUCGGAGACAGAGACUCCAGUAUCCCUAAGAAAGCCUAGGGCAGGAGAAGAAAUCCACUUUCACUUUAGCAAGGUAAUAGACCUGGACCCACAGGAGCAGCAAGGCCGAAGGCAGUUUCUGUUCGACAUGCUGAAUGAACAAGAUCCUGAGCAAGGACAUUUAAAGUUUACAGUGGUUAGUGAUCCUCUGGAUGAAGAAGAGAAAGAAUGUGAAGAAGUAGGAUACGCAUAUCUUAAACUGUGGCAGAUCCUGGAGUCAAGAAAAGAUAUUCUAGAGCAAGAACUAGACAUUGUUAACCCUGAAGAUCUGGCCACCCCAAUAGGAAGGCUGAAGGUUUCCCUUCAAGCAGCUGCUGCCCUCCAUGCUAUUUACAAGGAGAUGACUGAAGAUUUGUUUUCAUGAAGAAACAAGUGCUAUUCAGAUCUCUGGGGGAACCAUAGUAAAGUCUCAUAAAGUAACUUGCUACAACAUGAAUUUGUUUUACUGUGAUAUCUAGUAUCUCUCAACCUAAUGAUAAAAGUUCAGAAUGGUCAAAGUUUCUUUUGUGUUGCUAGCUAGCUAAAGGCAUUUUUCUCUAAUGCCUUAGCACUUUACCAGGCAAGAAGCAGGCUUGCUUUCAGGAGAUGAAAAAGAAUGAUCACAAAAGGUGAAUUUACAAAAACAAACAACAACAACAAAAAAAACCCAGUUUAUUCAUCUUUUAGUUCUUCCAAAAUUGAAAAUAUCAAGUCCUACUGCUAAGGAGAAAAAAACAAACAUAAAAUCCGGGACCCCUCCCCACUUCUUCUCUUAAAGUCAGAGCAUGGAAGGAACUGCAGUGGGACAGGUGGGUGCAGAGAACCAGAAGGGGAGGAUGGCAAGAUAAACUCCCCAAAUACUUGAAAAGCUGUUCAACAGAAACUGUGACAAUGCAAGACAAGUUAAAAUAAGGAGCGGCAGUGCUGAGAGGCUGUGUUGUAGAUAUGGCCUCCCUUCCUCUUCUCUUUUCUCAUCAGGGUAUUCUAGGCCCAAGGCAUGAUUUGCCCCUUCCAGAUCUAAAUGUUGACUCCUUUGAGCUUUCCUCUAGAUUUCACUAGACGCAGUAUACGAGGAACAACCAUUCUUCCUUAUAUAUACCAAAAAAAAA